AUGACCCUCUACCCGUCAAGCGCUGACAGCAAGUCCGAUGAUUCCUCCAUCUCAGACAAAACGCCAAUACAAGACCUCGAUGCCGAGCACAAAUUGGCAGAAAAGGUGGCCCCUGGAAGCCGAACGACGUGGCACAUGGCCGAAGAACUGCAAGCGAUGAAAGACCGAGACGAGCAAAGUGGGGAGAAGGCCAGGAAACUUGGAGUCGCCUGGCAGAACCUCACCGUCAAGGGUAUCAGCAGUGAUGCUACAUUCAAUGAGAACGUCCUUUCACAAUUUAAUCCCUUCGGGAAAGCUGGUAAGGGCGACCCUAUGAAAACAAUCCUCGACAACUCGUUUGGCUGUGUGAAGCCUGGAGAGAUGCUGCUUGUUCUCGGACGCCCGGGGUCAGGGUGCACGACGUUGCUUAACAUGCUUUCAAAUCAUCGGCUUGGUUAUGCGGAGAUCGCAGGUGACGUUUCGUUUGGAAACAUGCCUGCCGAGGAAGCCAAGCAAUACCGCGGUCAGAUCAUUAUGAAUACGGAGGAGGAAAUCUUCUUCCCGACAUUGUCUGUGGGCGAGACCAUCGAUUUCGCCGCCCGUAUGAAGGUCCCGUAUCAUCUGCCGCCGGGUAUCAAGUCUGCGGAGGAAUACGCUCAGCUCAACAAGAAUUUCCUUCUGAGAUCGGUAGGCAUCUCGCAUACAGCAUCUACCAAUGUGGGGGAUGCCUUCAUUAGAGGUGUCUCUGGAGGGAGAGGAAACUGCUUGACUACUCGAGCAAGCGUCUUCUGUUGGGACAAUUCCACGCGUGGCCUCGACGCCAGCACAGCGUUAGAGUGGACCAAGGCAAUCAGAGCGAUGACGGAUAUCCUUGGACUCACCACAAUUGUCACCCUGUAUCAGGCAGGCAACGGCAUCUACGAGCAUUUUGACAAGGUGCUCGUCCUGGAUGAGGGCAAGCAGAUUUUCUACGGCCCACAACAGGAAGCAGUGCCUUUUAUGGAAGACCUUGGUUUUAUGCGCGACUCUGGCUCUAACCGAGCUGACUUCCUGACUGGCGUGACUGUGCCAACCGAGCGUCUUAUUGCCCCCGGCUACGAGCAAAAAUUUCCUCGGACUGCGGACGAGAUUCUCGCUAUCUAUGAGCGGUCCCCGAUCAAGGCUAAGAUGCUGGCCGAAUGCACCUAUCCAGAAAGCGAAGAGGCAGCAGACAAUACGGCCGUCUUCAAGCAAUCAGUUGCCUGGGAAAAGCACAGAGGGUUGUCCAAAACCUCACCUGUCACGACCGACUUUUUUUCCCAGGUCAAGGGCGCGGUCAUUCGACAGUAUCAGAUCAUGUGGGGUGACAAGGCCACUCUUCUUGUGAAGCAAGGUGCCACAGUUAUCCAGGCUCUUCUCGGCGGCUCUCUCUUUUACAAUGCCCCGGCAAACUCUGCCGGUCUUUUCCUUAAAGGCGGCGCUCUGUUCUUCUCGAUCUUAUAUCCCGCUCUUAUCGCUCUCUCAGAAGUCACCGACUCGUUUACUGGCAGACCCAUUCUUGCCAAACAUCGCGCUUUUGCCCUGUAUCAUCCGGCAGCCAUCUGCGUUGCCCAGAUCACCACAGACUUGCCCAUCUUGCUAUUCCAGGUCACGCAAUUUGGCCUCGUUCUUUAUUUCAUGGUUGGCCUGAAGGUUACCGCCGCAGCCUUCUUCACUUAUUGGAUCAUCAACUUUUUUACAGCUUUGUCCAUGACAGCCCUGUUACGACUGAUUGGAGCCGCUUUUCCAACCUUCGACGCCGCAACCAAGGCCUCUGGCCUAACCAUUGUGGCAUGUUUCGUUUACAUGGGCUACAUGAUCAUCAAGCCGGAGAUGCAUCCAUGGUUUGUGUGGCUCUUUUGGAUCAACCCUAUGGCAUACGGCUUCGAAGCUCUUCUCGGCAACGAAUUCCACGAGCAAGACAUCCCCUGCGUUGGCCCGAACCUCAUACCAAACGGUCCUGGUUAUACUGGAGAGGGCGGCCAAUCUUGUGCAGGUGUUGGCGGCGCGAUGCCUGGUGCAGCGAGCCUCACCGGUGAUGCCUAUCUCUCAUCUAUGUCAUUCAGUCACAGUCACGUCUGGCGCAAUCUCGGCAUCAUCAUCGCAUGGUGGAUACUGUUCGUUGUGCUUACCAUCUUCUUCACUAGCCGGUGGAAGCUACUUGGAGAAGGCGGUCGAAGCCUACUCAUUCCACGGGAGCUGCAGCACAAAUCGAAACAUCUACUACAGGACGAGGAGUCGCAAGUAACUAAAAACGUCCCCGCCGUAUCCGCAUCUGACACGCCGGGUGGAAGCCUGAGCAACGACCUGAUCCGCAACAAGAGCAUUUUCACAUGGAAAGACUUGACGUACACGGUCAAGACUCCCUCGGGUGAUAGAGUCCUCCUCGAUAGCGUGCAAGGUUACAUUAAACCUGGCACACUGGGAGCACUUAUGGGAUCUUCUGGUGCCGGCAAGACAACUCUCCUUGACGUCCUUGCCCAGCGUAAGACAGAAGGCACUAUCCAUGGAUCCGUUCUUGUUGAUGGCCGACCUAUCCCUAUCUCCUUCCAACGUUCCGCUGGGUAUGUCGAACAGCUGGAUGUGCAUGAAUCUCUCGCGACCGUUCGCGAGGCUCUCGAAUUCUCAGCCCUCUUGCGCCAAUCGCGUGAUACUCCCGACGAGGUAAAGCUACGCUACGUGGACACAAUCAUUGACCUCUUGGAACUCAAUGACCUUGAGCACACACUUGUUGGUACUCCUGGUGCUGGUCUUUCGGUUGAGCAGCGUAAGCGUCUCACUAUCGCCGUUGAGCUAGUCGCAAAACCUAGCAUUCUUAUCUUUUUGGAUGAACCCACAUCUGGUCUUGACGGCCAGGCUGCCUUUAAUACCGUUCGAUUCCUACGCAAACUCGCUGAUGCUGGACAAGCCAUAUUGGUUACUAUCCAUCAGCCUUCGGCGCAGUUAUUCGCGCAGUUCGAUACUCUUCUGUUGCUCGCCCGUGGUGGAAAGACAGUUUACUUUGGCGAUAUUGGCGAUAAUGGAGACACUCUUAAUGCUUAUUUCGCUCGACAUGGAGCUCCUUGCCCACCUGAGGCCAACCCUGCUGAGCACAUGAUUGAUGUGGUAUCAGGAAACGCGCCCCAAGGUCGCGAUUGGAGUCAGAUCUGGUUGGAAUCCGCAGAGCAUGACCAGCUUAUCAAAGACCUAGAUACUAUGGUUGCAGAAGCCGCUGCUCGUCCUUCCGGGACUAUUGAUGAUGGCCACGAGUUUGCAGCUACCAUAUGGACACAGGUCAAGCUUGUAACUCGCCGCAUGAACGUCUCACUAUUCCGUAACACCGAGUAUAUUGACAACAAGUUCCUCCUACACGUCAGCCUCGCGCUAUUGAAUGGGUUCUCCUUUUGGAUGAUUGGCGAUAGCCUCACAGACCUCCAGAAAAAUCUUUUCACUGUCUUCAACUUUAUUUUCGUGGCACCGGGAGUUAUCUCUCAGCUCCAACCGCUUUUUAUUGACCGUCGCGAUAUCUACGAGACGCGUGAGAAGAAGAGCAAGAUGUACCACUGGGCUCCAUUCGUCACUGGUCUGAUCAUCUCAGAGAUCCCUUACUUGCUUGUCUGCGCGUUGCUGUAUUAUGUCUGUUGGUACUUCACUUGCGGGCUCCCAACAGCACCGGAGUACGCUGGCAGUGUUUUCUUCGUUGUGGUGAUGUACGAGUGUCUUUACACUGGUAUUGGCCAGAUGAUCGCCGCUUACGCCCCCAAUGCGGUGUUCGCCUCGCUCGUCAACCCGCUUGUUAUCACAACCCUGGUCUCAUUCUGUGGCGUCAUGGUGCCGUACAGCCAGAUUGAACCAUUCUGGAGAUAUUGGAUGUAUUACAUUGAUCCAUUCAACUAUCUGAUGAGUUCCCUGCUUGUGUUCACCACUUGGUCCAAGUCUGUCGAAUGCGAUACUCGUGAACUCGCUAUAUUUGACCCGCCAUCCAACCAAACCUGUGGUGAAUAUCUUACGGCCUACCAACAAGGCAUGGGCGCGGGGACAAAUCUCCUCAACCCAGAGGCGACCACCGACUGCCGUGUGUGCCAGUAUACUGGAGGCGGGGACUUCCUUAAGACGCUCAAUCUCAGUGAAGAGUACUUUGGCUGGAGGAAUGCAGGCAUCGUUGUCAUUUUUGUGAUUGGUAUCUAUGGGCUGGUAUACCUAAUGAUGAAAUUGAGGACAAAGGCUACUAAGAAGGCCGAGUCCUAG